AUGAGUAGGCUCUCGUUCAGGCCGCGGCCGCUCGACAUCCACAAGAAGCUCCCCAUCCUCAAAUCUGUGCGGGAGUUCGAGGAUGACGAGCCAGGGGUCGCGCCGCUUUCCUCUGCGAGGGCUGGGGUGCUGCUGCGGCACUCAGGAGCUGAUCUCACCGCGUCUGGGGCGAACAACGCCACAGAGGGCGAGGGAAAUCAAGCACCCAGUAAGAAAAAUGCCCAAGAAAUACCUACACCGCAGUUUGAUGCUGUGGACACAUAUGAAAGGGACUAUACUCGUACCUUUGCACAACCGACAUCUUAUAUACGUGGAAGAGGAGCCAGAGCUGACAUCGGUGAAUUUGUCGAGUAUGACCUGGACAAUGAAGAUGAGGACUGGCUUGAAGAAUUCAAUAACGAGCGGAAGAAUAUAAACCCUGAAAAGUUGGAGGUCCUCCUAUUCAAGUUGGAAGUUUUGGACCACAAAACUCGUGAAAGAGCAGGAGCCAUAACACCAGCUUUCAUAGGACCAGUGCCAGUCCUCUUGCAGCUAGAUGCUGCUAUGGAGGCUUUGCAGUACCUGUCUGUUCGAUAUGCUGUUUUCCAAGCUGUAUAUAAUUACUGGAAAGCAAAGAGGGAGCGAUGGCAAAAGCCUAUUCUUCGGCGUUUGCAGCCGCCUCCACCAGUGAAUGAUACAAAUCCAUACAAUGUCUUCAGACCAAGAGAAAAGGCCCAUCGUCUUCAUACAAGAAGGAUGCAAAGAAGGGAAAACAAUAUCCAAUCAUUCGAAAAACUCCGUCUGGUGCGACGUAACUUGGAGCAAGCAAAAGCACUGAUGGAUGCUUUGAUUAAGAGGGAAGAGACAAAGCGGGAGGCCAUGGAAUGCCAAGUUAACCUGCAACGCGUUCAGAUGAAAUAUAAGCAUGAGGCCCAGCUUGUUGAGGAUGGGACUACCUUGUCUGGCUUCCAGCAAACUUCUAGCAGAUUUGAAUCUAGUGAUGAUGAUUAUGCGGAUUCAGAUGACACCACAACUGAACAGCCAUAUAUACGUCCAGCUGUUUUCCAUCCUAGGUUCCCUGCUAACAAGCUAUCUAUGAUCCCUCCACUUCGCAUAAAGCGUGAACGAGAACUUAAAAGGAGGCCCCAGCAGAAUGGCUGGGCAUUUAAAAGGGAUCCUGAGGAGCCAGUAUUCUUAUUCACAAGACCACUUGACCCGGAGAAGUUGGUUGCAGCAGGUAUCAAGCCACCACCAGAUCCUCCUAUUGAGAAUGGUGCCGCAUCACCACCAUUUCGGUGUCGAGGUAGGAUUGGACGAGGCGGCCGCAUCAUCUUUGAUCGAUGGAAUCCUCUUCUCCGGACACCAAUUGACCAGGAGACCUCUUUUUAUGUGCCAUACGGUCACAGGCCCCCCUCACCUGAAGGUGCAAAAUUGGCCCUUGGAGAGCCCAUUUGUGACCACCUGAGUUGUGAGCUCAGUGGAUCUGAUGGAAAGGCAAGAAAGCUCCUUGAUAAGCAGCAGCCUCAGUGGAAGCUUGAAAGUGUAUGGGCUAUCGUGGGGCUAGCAUUUCUUGAUCAGAUGUGGCUUGGUCAUCUUUUUUCACAGCAGUUGUAA